GCAGCAGAACGAGAGCAAAAAAUAGAGUAGCACGGGCAACGGAUGUCGAAUCUGUGACUACUUACCAGUCGGAGGAAGCAUCGAGACCGGGUGCACGAGCGGAUGAAGAUUUGGAGAUUGUAUCGGUGCAGGCGGGUACUGGACCUAGAAGGGGAUCCACCUCCUCUUCCUCCGGGAAGAUCAGGCCUCCCCCGAGAAUUGGCCAGAAGAGAAAAAAGAUACUGUCGUCUCCUGAGACGGAUAAAGAGGAGGUGAGCCCGAUCUCGAGUUUCUCUGAUUCUCAGAGAAAAGAGCUGGCACACAAAUUACAGGAUAUAGAGCUCCUCUCGUCAGCAGACAUGGCAGCGGUGGCUAUGGAAUGGCUUAAUGACAUGGAGGAAUGUCGCAAGAUGUCAAGCAACAUGAAAGGAUCUAUCACAAGAAAGAUGAAGAUCAACGUAGCUGCCCUUGCGGAAACAACAAAAAUUCUUUCGAUGAGAGCCUCACAGGAGGGGGAUGUCGGCUUUCUGAGGUCCAAGCUCACAGACAUGCAGAGUGAGAUCAAUGGCCUCAGAGAGGAGAACCAACGCUUGAAAGUUCAGAUGGACGAAAUUGCAAGCGGACUCCGUAUAAGAGCGAGCCCUCCCGGGAAUUCUGACCCCAGACCCGGGACCUCCUCAGCCCGGAUGGAGAUUUCGCCAGACCCCCCUCCGGGACUGGAAACGAAUAGAAGCCGUGAAGCAUCGGUACAAUUGCAAUCAGAGAACGUGGGCCGAAGAACGAACAGCAGGGAGACAUCAAGACCUCGAGAAAGACCCUCGGGCACAAUGGACGAGGAAUUUCUCGACAGGCUAGGCAACAUUAUUAAUGGUGCGGUGGCUAGCGCAAUCUGGGCGCAACUCCCAGGUUCGAGGAGAACCGGCAGGAACAGGCGGGAGGAAACAAGAAAUCCCCCAGCUAGGGAAGUUCCCCAAGAGGGGGAGGGCUGGGGAUCUUCCUCAGUCGCCGUGGAUUCCCAAGCGGCGGAAACCGGUGACGAAAUACCGUUACCGCAAAGGAGAGAAAGCGCAAGAGGACAAAAAAAUCAAACGCGAAGAACCCGUGGGAAUACGCUGAGGGACCCAGCCGGAAACACCGCAGGAUUAGUGAACAGGCCUGCUUACCAGGCGGAUUACCCUCCUCUACCGGAGAGGGAGGAUAGAAGAGAGAUACCGCGAUUAGUCCGCGAUGCACAAGUUCCGCGGCAGGAGGAAAAAACACGGAGGGAGGUGAACCGCGGGCAGGAGAACAGAAGGGUAGCUAGGACCCCACGUGUGCGGGCUCCUAGGUCAUCCGCGAUUACAAUUUCCUGCCCGGAGGGAAUAACGUAUUCCGAGGUCAUACGAAAGGCCAGAAAUGAAAUCGCUCUCGACGAGCUCGGUAUAAAGGAAACAAGGAUGCGGAGUACGAUGGGCGGCAGUGUCCUCAUAGAAAUACCGGGCGAUAAUACGUCACCGGCAGCAAACAAUCUGGCGAAAAAACUGCAAGAGGCCUUUAAGGACACUAACGUCCAAAUAAGAAGACCCAUGAUGAGGGGAGAGGUAAGGUUGGCCGGUCUGGAUGCUUCCGUAACCACUGAAGAACUUAUCGAGGCAGUUGCCAGGGCGGGUGGUUGUGAGGCGGCUAACGUCCGCCUAGGCUCAUUCAGACUGGCAAGAAAUGGAAUGAGGACGGUCUGGCUGCAGUGCCCCCUGGAAGCGGCAACCAGACUUGCAGAAACUGGAAAGAUUAGAGCUGGAUGGUCCACGGCACUUGUAGCGCUGUUGAAAAGGAGGCCCCUCCAGUGCUUCAAGUGCUUUGCCACGGGUCACGUUAGGGAUAACUGCCCAAGCGAAAUUGAUAGAGCUAACAACUGUUUCAACUGUGGCGAGCCUGGCCACACCAUGAGGGAAUGCGGUGGCCCACCGCGGUGCCCGCUGUGCAAAGAGAAGGGCCUGCGAUACGACCACAGAGCGGGAUCCGAGGUCUGUCCGCCAUGCCCACCAAGAAGGACCCAGAGUGGGAGCCCAAGGCGCGGAAAAGUUCAGGCCAAUCGGAGUAAUGUGGCCGAAGAACAGAGGACUAAAUAA